GGCCGCGGAUGUGACCAUGUCUUCUCCGCGGCGGUUCGUAAAGUUGGGAUCCAAGUGGCUCAUCCCAGGAAUGCUGCACUUUCAGGACUGGCUGUCACACUUCAGGCGAAGACUUCCAGCAGAGACUUCCGGCAACGAACAAGGUCCGGACCGGAGCCGGAAUCCAGAUCGAACGGCCGCACAGGAUCGCUUGCGCACGGAUCGUAGUCGCGCCCCGGAGCAGUUAAAGCCGGCGUGCCAUGCCGCCCGCAUGCAGCAGCAGCAGCAGGAGACGUUGGGUUCGGCGACGGGGCUGCCGGAGGGGUUGGUGGACGCGGUGGGGAUGGAGGAGGAGGAAGAGGCGGCCCUGCGCGCAUACGAGCAGGAGGUGGCUCGCCAGCGGCGGCUGCUGGAGCGCCUGCGCCGCGAGAGCGAGGAGGCCGGGCGCCGCGCCGCACGCCAACUCCGCAUUGACGAGGAGCUGCUCCACACGCAGCUGCGCGAGAGCCAGCGCUGCAUUGAGGAUGAGUCUCAUCACCUGCAGCAGCUUGGCUCGCCGGACCGGCGCGAGUCGGCCAUCCAGACGGAGCCGCUCACCGACGCGGCCGAGGCCUCCGUGCAGGCCGCGGCGGGCACGGGCGGCCACGGGCGACGCGUGACGACGACGGGGGGAGCGGCGACGACGGGGGCGUGCGGCGUCACGGCCGCGGGGACCGGGCCAGCGCUGUACGGAGGGCAGCGGCUCGCAGAGGGCGGCGACGAAUCGACAGAGCAUGCAAUGGCCGGUCAGGGUGGGGCGGACGAUGCUUGCACCGACUUCGGCUCAGCCACGACGGAGAUUCCUGACGAGGACGCCGACACCGCGAUGGGGACAAACGCGGCCGACCGCUCUCAAGCUCGCGGCGGCAGCCUCGCCCCUCCAGCCCUUGGAGGUGGCACCGUGGCGGCGGCAGCAGCGGCGGCCGCUCACCCUCUGGCUUUGGCCCAUGGAGAAUGCCGGAUGGUUCGCGAGGGGACCGCACGCGACGAGCGAGAAGGGGCGACCGUUCUCGGUGGCGACGGCAUCGCGGCAACGGCCGAGCGGGCCGUUGGGCCGGCGGACAGCGAUGAGGCAUGCGAGCCGGAUGUGAUGGCGAGGUCGGACGGGGAGGCCCGGCCUGCCGCCGUCUGUGCCACUGUCGGCGCCCGCACGUCGUCCCUAGCGCCACCGAACAAGGAGCGGCAGAGGAUGGUGCACCUGGAGGUGCUGCAGCUCGACUCGGCGCAGUGCGUCAAGAGGACCAUUGCUCACAGACGGGUGCAGUACCGGCUGGACCGCCUGGCCGAGCGCCAGCACAUCCUGGAGGAGGAGAAGAAGCUGCGGCGGCUGGAGGCGGCGGGGCGGCUCGCACGCAACCGCCUGGCCCGCGCCGCCCGCAGGGGCUCCCCGUGCCGGCCCUCGGGACCCGCUGGUGCCUCCAAGGGCACGCGGGGCGCUGGCCGCGCGGCCGAAGUGACGGCCCGGCUGUAUCCGCACAACUCGCCGCUGCACAGCUAUUUGAAGAGGAAGUUGCCUCCGGAUGCAGCACGCCCGAGCCCACACUUCACGACUCUCCCGCGAAAAGCUCGCUCCGAGGAAUUCCUCCCGAGAGCGGUGUCGCCCGUCCGCGGCCCCAAGGGAAGGCCAGAUUCACGGGUGGCGAAGUCCUGGUCCGGCGGACGGGAGCACAGCUUGAAGGAGCGCGGCGAGAGAGAGGCAGAGGCGCCGGCCGACGGCGUGCCAAAGAGCCCGUGCGAAGCUCUGGGCAGGGCGCCACUCGUGCCGACGGUCAAUCCCAAAAUGAGGCCCAUGAAGGGCUCGAUGAAAUCCAGCGAACAAAGGGCCGCGCAGCCACUUAGGGCCGGUGGUUUGGGGAAAGCCCCCGAGCCGAGCAAAGAUGACCUUGCGGAGCAGAAGCCGCAAGGGAAGAAGAAGGGGGACACGCGCAAGCUGCUGCCGGGCGAGCGCAGGGGCGGCGACGGGAAGGCCUCCGCGGGGCCCUCCUUGCACAGGAAGCCUCCGUCGGGGAGAAGUGGCCGACUGGUGGGGGUGUCGCCCGCCAGGCCGCCGCGACCGUUUUCACAGAGCGUGGACAGGCUGUGGGACGGCGGGUGUCGCAGCGAGUCCCGUGGCCCGACCGCCCGCGCCGACGCCUUCGCCAAGUUAAUGUCCACGGGAAACCUGGCGGAGCCGAUUGCCUCGUCGCCCCGCCGUGGGGCGAAGGUCGCCGGAUCGCACGUCAUGGCGGCGGCGGUGUCGCUGACAGAGCUGCGCGACCUGGCGAGGAGCGAGCGGCUCAUGGAGCCGGCGCGCGCGCUCACCGGCACAGCACAGCUGUGCGCGCUCAAGGCAGCCAUCUCCCUGGUGGAGCUGUCGAGUCUCCGCGACACCCGUGCUUCCCAAGAAGACCUCCGCCCCGUCGAGGAUUUGGUACCGAGGCCGAGGCGGUGGCAGAGCGCCGAUCCGCUGGAGAGCGACGUCCGAUCGUCGGUCCUUCUGGAGGACGAGGAGGCACCUGACGACGGCACGGACGACGACAACGACGAUGACGAAUGUGAUUUCUCCGACGACAGCCUCAACUCGGUGGACUCGCUGUCCUCGGCCUACUUGAGGGUGCUAGAGGAGCGGCUGCACGAAGAGGAGAGCGCCCUGUGCGCGGCCGAGCGCCACUCGUGGUCGUGCGACAGAGGCAGCGACAGCGACGGGCCGUUGUCGCCGGAUUCGCUGCGUCAUUCGAGCCGGGCGGUGCUGCCGCCCCAGAUGCGGGAGGGGCCGCGGGUGCGCACCUCAUCCCUUCCGGACUGCUUCACGGAGAUGGUCGAUUUUGAAGUCCCUCGCUCGCCGUACGCCCCUCUGGCUGGGGACGGUGCCGAUGGACAGCACGGAGAUGUGCCCACAGAGUUUUACUGGACGCCGAAGCCGACGGAAGGACAAACGCCUCCGUCCAGCUCGCUUGGCGACCGCGAGCAUAACGCCGAGGUCACUGAUCGAGCGGCUCAAAGUCCCUCUUUGCUGGCUUUGGCGGCACGGCAACAUCUCUAUGACCAUGACGACGUGGGUGUGAAGGAAGGAGAGGAUGGCUCGUCAUGUGCGGAAUCUGAAAUAGUUCGACAGCUGCUUGCAGAUGCUGCGGAGUCGGAAAUAAUUGAGCCGUCCCCUUCAGUGCUUUACGGGCAGACUGACGGCAGCUCUCGUGAAGGUGUAGCGGCCGUAGGCUCUGAGGCCAGUCUCACUGAGCCAGCUUCAGUAGAGGACAUCUCAGUUGCCGUAGAUGCCAUAGAAGAUGCAGAUGUCGACGCCGACCCACCACGUGUAACGGUUGAGGUCCAUGACCACCAAAGCCCUAUUGCCGAGUCAUCUGAGACCAUUUCGUUAGACUUACUUGAAACCAGCAUGCCUCAAUCAGACCCACCUAAAGGAAGUGACGCUUGUCGUUCUGCUCGAGCAGGGAAUGGCGCGCUUCCAGGAGGUGGCACAGGAAGUAGUGAAAGUUCAAAAGACAGCCUGCAAGGAGAUAUUCCACUUGGCCUCGACGCGACGGCAGAUGAGGUUGAAGCAGCAGAAUGGGCACACGAAGAAUCCAACGCAGGUGCCCGACGUGCCACGUCAUCGCCAGGGCGUGUAGAACAAGGUGUGAUUGAGAGUGACAAAUCUACCAAGUGUGUUGCUUCAGGUGGUGGCGAUACUGCAACAGGAGGAGUUAACGUCACUGUACAGGAAGCAGAUGUUCACGAGCCUGGGCCUAGGUUGGGCGAUCUGCGUUUGAAUGCGGACUCUGGUGAAGCCGCCGUGCUGCCUGCAAAUCAAUCAAGCAUACUCACAGACGACGGGGAAGGGGCAUCGAAUAUCCCGCCGCCUUCAGAUGAGACAGCACAAGGAGGUGAAGACUCAGCUGUGGCCGUGAGAGGAGAGGUGAGACCGGGCCAGAAAGAAGUUGACAGCACAGCCCUGCCAAGCGCAGACUUGGAUGUUCCCCACCACAACAUAUCUCCCAAAGAAUUGAGUGAAAUUGACUCGUCUCCUGCAACUUCGCAACAAACAAUUGAUUUGGGGUCUGCUGAAGUGGCGUGUUUUGUACUCUCAGAAACUAUAGCCGAGGCUGAUAGUCCAAGACCGGAAUCGGCAGUUGUUGCGGAGGUGAUAGAAGAGUCAACUGCAAUGGCGAAAGGUGAAGAAGAAAAAGAAGGGGAAGAGGGGACGGUGAAUUAUCAGCAUCUGGUCUCAGAAGUGAGUCUUCCACAGCAGUGUAAGUCUGAUGGAGGUGACGAUGCUGGGCUGGCAGUAAAAGAAACGGAUACUGCUGUUACCCACUCGGUGGCAGAAGUAGAGAAGGCUCAGCAGGAGGAGGCCGGUGAGGAAGCUCACGGAGACUUAAAGUGUUCACCUGAGUUGAGUAAUCUCACAGAUUCAGGAGACGUCGGCCCAGACCAUCCGAGUGAAUUGCGAACGUGCGUGCCUUCACCUGGAAGCAAAUCUGUGUUUUGCCUGGAUCCUGAGCAAAAUGUUACACCUCGAGGAGACGUGACAGAUGUCCAGGUGGCAGGCUCUGACCUCGGAGGUGUUUCCCCAACUCAUCGCAUACGAUCUGUUGACAACCCUUCACAGGCCGAGAGCAAUUUAAAUUUUCAGGAGCCUUCUGAAAGCAGAGCACCACUCUGCACUGAAAUCGAAAGUGAACUAAUCAAGCUCGGCGAAGAAGCUGGAGGGUUUAUAAGCAGUUCAGAUGUGACCGUAGGCCAAGAGCUAUCGUUGUCUGGCCAGGAAUGUGUUACGAAUAGUUAUCAGGAUGUGGCUGAGGAUGUUGCCAUGCAAGAAACUGGUCGAGAUGAUAUAAACGUUCUGCCCAACAGUCCUGUGGGAAUUAGUGAAGGGCAGUGUAGCAUGCAGCGUGAUGAGAUGAGUAAUACUCAUUACGAUGCAGAGAGAAGCAUGCACGUGGAAAUCGCUAACCCUGAGGUUGAGGAAGCAGUUUUGGACAAUAAAUCAAUUGCGGUCGGCAGUGAAUUUAAAGAGGUUGCCCCUCUGCGCAGUCUGCCUGAGCUCGAUGAGACUUCGAAUGCAUCAUCAGAUAAAGUGGACACCACGGAAAGCAGCAUUAGUGACACACAAGCUGCAGGGAGUUUUGAUCUGCCAGCAUUGGAAGCAGAGGAUGUUCAGAACAACCGGAGAUUUGCUCUUGAUUUAGGUGUCCCACAAUUUCAGCCAAGAUCUCCUGAUAUUGUCUCUGCCCGCGAUAACACAACACGAACCCUUGACUCCGACGUCUCAGACAUUGGACACAAUGUUCCCUUAGAAUGGGCAAUGGGUGGCUUUGAAGACCCAGCAGUAGCAGCAGUUCCAUCAGAGGAAAUUACUGUUGGUGGCACCAUUACAACAGAGCCAUCAUGCGACAUCACACAUGAGAAGACCGCAGAGGAUCUUCAUGGUCUCCUACCAUCAGGACUUGAUUUGAGUUCCCAAGAGCAUCACGAGAGCAGUGAUGCUGAAGUGCAAACAUCCCGUACAGCAGCACCUCAAGCAAAUGAAUCUGAUCCUGGUGAAUGCAGCCAUGCCAUACCUUCAGAGCUGAACGCCGAUGAUUAUAAAGACACGGACACUUUUCUAUCUUGGAAAUCUCUCGUUGAAACUGCUGCAGUAGUAGUAGAGGGACCUAAAGUGACAGAGGAUGGGUUCCACGAUGCUGUGGGUGGCGUCUCAGGAAUUAUCAGUCUCGUGUGUCACGCUGCACUUUCGGAAAAGGCGAUGGAAGCAGUUUCAUCGGCGGCAAUGAUCGAUAGUGAUGCCAUUACAGAGGAGGAAUCGCACGACACCACUCCGUGCAUGGGGUUCGAUGCGAGCUGCCAAGGACAUAAAGAAAGUUGCAUUGGCGUACACACACCCGACGGUAGAGACGCACACACGCCCUUCUCUGGAGAAAUUCUCAGUGAGGCCGCUGCAGUAGAGGAAGCUAAAGUGGCAAAGGGGGAGAUUGACGAUGCUUCGGGUGGCGUCUCAGGGAUGAUUCAUCUGGAGGAUCGAGGAACUCUUAAAGAUGAUCACGGCAGGCUGGCGUCAACAGAGGGUGUUACAGAUGCCACAGGUGCGGGAGCACGAGAUGUCGCAAAUAAGCCAAUGUCACUGCCACAAACUCUUUACAUCUACACGUGCCGCGAGAGUGAAUGCCAGCUACGUGAACCUGGCGAUUCGCAAGACUCGGCUCUGAAAUCUGAGACGAGGGUUGUGCAUGAUGAGGAGGCCCCAAUCGACGCUGGUGCAACGGAACAAGAAACCAAAGCAACAGCUGAGCAAGUGAUCGCGUGUGAUUUGGGUAUCGGUGAGGAAUCGGCUAUAUUGCGACGAAUUGAAGCCAACGGAGGUGAGCUCCCGGCGUCAGGUCCAGUAGGUGAAGUGCUUGUCCGUGCCCGUGCAGUAACGGAAGCGGACGUUGCCCACCAGACGGCGAAGAGAGAAAUUAACUCGGGACAGAGGUUGGGUCUCGAAUUGACGAACGCGUCAUUGUCGACGGAAUUCAUCAGCUCAUGUCACGCGGAUAACUCGCAGAUUGGCGAGCGUGUUUCCUUGCGAGUAGGCCGCAUGUCACCUUUAGAAUGCGCGACGGAAGAUGGAGAGAAAAUAAAUGAUACUGUACAAGAGAAACCAUCAACUGAGUCAGCUUCAAUAAAACACACUCACGAACCGGCAGAUGAGGAGGGCGUAUGUGACACUGGCUCAGCGGCAGUUCAUUCGGAACAUCACGCAGAGCACCGAAGCGAUGAGGAUUCUGGAAAGAUGUUAAUGGAAGACCCUGUUGUUGGGAGCAACAUGAUAGCACAAACAGAUGACGAUGCGCAACUUGAAACAGCGGAAGACACUGAUGUCAACCAAAGUCUUGACCUUGACACAGGCAGCCCCCAACUUCAGGAAGAGCCCCUUGAACUUUGGCCGACAACUCAAUCAGAUGAAUCUCAACUGCUUGCAGUUGCUACUUCUGAAGAAAUGCCUUCUCUGUCUUUAGCAACCACGGCAGAAGCUUUAAAAGAAAAUUACACUUCAAAAGAAGAUGUCAUGGCUACCACCAUAGGUGUAGCAGAAGCAAGUGAGAUAUCAGACACGGAGAUGGUAAUAGCAAAUGUAGACGUGGACACAGUAACGACACGUUCAGAACAUCUCACUGCUGAUCAAGAUGAAGAUGCUGGCACGGUUCCAACAGAGGAUGACAUUCCUGCUAAUGGUUCAUUUUCAGAAUCAAACAGUAUUCCUCAACAUGAGGCAUCCGAAGGAUUUCACAACUACCAGAACCAAGAUCAUGAGCCAAAUUCAUCACCGGCAGGAUGUGUAUCAUUUGUAGCAUCUGCAACAGAAGAUGAAGAGAAAAUAAAAGAGGAACUACUCAUUUAUGCUGUCUCAGUGAAACAUGCUCACAAAUCAACUGACAAGGAGAAGAUAUUUAAUACUGCUGUAAAAGCAGUAUAUUCAGAACAACACGCAGAACACUGUAGCGAUGAGGAUUCUGGGACGGUCUUAACGGAAGACCAUGUUGUUGUUAGCAACGUGAUGACAAUAAUAGACGACGCAACGCAACUUGGGACAAAAGAUGACACCAAUUUCAACCAAAGCAUUGGCCUUGACACAGGCAACCCCCAACUUCAGAUAGAGCCCUUUGGAAUAUGCUCGACUUCUCAAUCAGAUGGAUCUCAACUGCUUGCAGCUGAUACUUCUGAAGAAAUGCCUUCUAUGUCUUUAGCAGCUAUGACAGAAGCUUUAAAAGAAAAUUACGCUUCAAAAGAAGAUGUGAUGGCUACCAUCGUAGGUGUAGCAGAAGCAAGUGAGACAUCAGACAUUGAGGUGGUAACAGCUGAUGUAGACAUGGGCAGCGCAACCACAUGUUCAGAACAUCUUACCACUGAUAAAGAUGAAGAUACUGGGAUGGUUCGGACAGAGGAUGACAUUCUUGCUAAUGAUGCACUUUCAGAAUUAGACAGUAUUCCUCAAUGUGAGGCAUCCGAAGGACUUCAGAACUACCAGAAUGAAGAACAGGAGCUAAUGUAUUCAUUAUCUGCAACAGAAGAUACAGAGAAUAUACAAGAGAUUAUGAAAGAUGAACCACCAAUUGAUUAUGUGGGAACAAUAUAUUCAGAACAAAACUCUGAACACCAUAGUGAUGAGGGUUCUAGGACAUUAACAGAAGACCAUGUUGUUGGGAGCAACGUGAUAACACAAACAGAUGAUGUCACAACAGAAUACACUAAUUUCAACCAACGACUUGGCCUUGACACAGGCAGCCCACAACUUCUGGAAGAGCUCCUUGGAAUUUGCCCGACAUCUCAAUCAGAUGGAUCUCAACUGCUUGCAGCUGCUACUUCCGAGGAAACAUAUUUGCUGUCUUUAGCAGCCACGACAGAAGCUUUGAAAGAAAACGCCGCUUCAAAAGAAGACGUCACGGCUACCACCAAAGGUGUCGCAGAAGCAAGUGAGACAUUAAAGAUGGAGGUGGCAACAGCUGAUAUAGACGUGGACACAGAAACGACACAUUCAGAACAUCUCACCGCUGAUAAAGAUGAAGACAUUGGGAUGGUUCAGACAGAGGAUGACAUUCCUGAUCAUGGUGAACUUUCAAAAUCAGACAGUAUUCUUCAACGUGAGAUAUCUGAAGGACUUGAGAACUUCCAGAACGAAAAUCGUGAGUUAAUUCUUUCACCAGUAGGGCGUGUGUCAUUUGUAUCAUUUGUAGAUUCUGCAACAGAAGAUGAAGAGAUUAUGAAAGAGGAAUCAGCAACUGAUUUUGUUUCAGUGAAGCACACUCAUGAAUCAGCAGAUGAGGAGAAAACAUAUAAUACUGCCGUGGAAGCAGUAUAUUCAGAACAACACGCAGAACACCAUGGCAAUAAGGAUUCUCGAACGGUGUUCACGGAAGACCCUGUUGUUGUUAGGAGGAACGUGAUAACACUAACAGACGAUGCCACACAACUUGGGACAGUGGAAGACACCGACGUCAAGAAAAGCCUUGGGCUUGACACCGGCAUCCCCCAACUUCAGAAAGAGCCUCUAAGAAGUUUUCUGAUAUCUCAAUCAGAUGAAUCUCAAUCAGAUGAACCUCAAUCAGAUGAACCUCAACUGCUUGCAGUUGCUCCUUGUGAAAAAACGGCUUCUUUGUUGUCGCCCAUGGCAGGUAUAGCAGAAGCAAGUGAGACAUCAGACAGUGAGGUGGCAACAGCUGAUGUAGACAUGGACAGCGUAACCACAUGUUCAGAACAUCUCACCGCUGAUAAAGACACUGGGAUGGUUCAGACAGAGGAUGAUAUUUCUGUUCAUGGUGCACUUUCCGAAUUGGACAGUAUUCCUCAACGUGAGGCAUCCGAAGUUCUUCAGAACUACCAGAACCUGCAUCGCGAGCUAAUUUCAUCACUGGCAGGGUGUGUGUCAUUUGUAGCAGCUGUAACAGAAGAUGAAGAGAUAAUAAAAGAGGAACCACCAAUUGAUUCUGUCUCAGUGAAACCUGCUCACGAAUCAGCUGACAAGGAGAAGCUAUUUAAUACUGCUGUGGAAACAGCAUAUUCAGAACAACACACCGAACUCCGUAGCGAUGAGGAUUCUGGAAUGGUUUUAACGGAAGACCCUGAGGCAUCUGAAGGACUUCAGAACUACGAAAACAAUGGUCUUCACUUCGACAACCCACAAUCUCAGACCCACCCCGUUGAAACCUGCCAGCCCCGCUGCAGUGAAUCGCCAGCACCAGAUUUUCAUUCGGCGGAAAGAGCAAAGGCUCCAUCAUCGGAAGGUGCAAUGGAGGAUGACGAAAACGCGAAGGCGAUCGUUGGCAUUGGCGUCGAGGUGUUUGGCGAUGGCACAACAUCAACCGGCGACGUGAACAAUCGUGAGACAGCGCGUGGCAAUCGUGGCUAUGGUGUAGAGUGCGGCGGGCUACCGCCGCACUCUACAGAUUCUCUUGGGUUUUCCGUGCUGCGUUCAUCGGCGCGUCAAACGCGAGAUGGCGACGUUGCACGCAGUCUGACUGAAGACGCCAUCACUGGAAACGAAGAAGCAGAGCCGCUCGCCGGCGGCGAGGUUCGAGUCGGCUUCACCGCAGAAGCAAAUGUAGCGGUAGACGGUGAGCGAGGCGCACGCCUGAUACUUGUGUACGCGACCGAGUGUGAGAACGCAGAGGUUAAGGAGUGUGAGGAAAUAGUGAUCCAGCAUGGGAUGGCGACGAGAGUGAUGCCCGGCCAGGAGGGUGUUUCUUCGCUCCACCACGCAGAAUCUGUCACCGUCCUGCUUCAGCCCGAGAGCACUGCGGGUCAUCCGCCUGCUCCUUUUGAAGGCAAUACACAAUCUCUUGGGCUUUCAGUAGCGCUUUCACCAGAAUGCCAAUCACAAGACCGCGGUGCUGUGCAUGGCGCGAGCCCGGAACUUACUGCCGAAGACAAUGGGGAAGCUGAGCUGCUCGCUCCUGGCAUUUUCACCGCCGUCGCGAAAGAAAAUGCGUCGACGGACGAUGAGUCACACGCACGCUCGGCACUCAUGCUCGCUGCCGAGUGUGAGAACGCGGGAGUCGAAGAGCGUGGGGAAAUAGUGGUCCAGGGUGGCACUGCGAUGAGAGCGACGUCCGACCCGGAGACCGCGCGACAGUCUGCAACCCGACCUCAGCCUGAGAUCACAAACAUUUGCUCACCUGCUCCUCCCGAAGGCAAAACACAAUCCCCCGUUGAAAUUACGAUCCACAUUGAGGCGCCUGCCUCAUCACGGCGGGAAGCGGGGAGGCCAGGGAGUUCUUCAGGCUUGACCGUGAAUGCACAGCUACCAUUGCCUAAUGAGGACAGUGGAGUCUGCGAUGAGUUCGGUGUGAUCGGUGUGGGGAGCACUGAGAUGCAAAGUGACCAAAGUGGGCGCGUGGAUCAUCGAACAGACGUUGAAGUAAAGGUCGGCAAGAGCUCGCAGUCAUCGAGGAAGGCUCGGUACCACCUUGCUGUCCAUCACAAGCUGGAGACAACGCAGAGCCGUAAGGACAGUGGGUACACCUCGUCUGAAACGCUGCUGGAGAGCCCAGAAUGUGGGCCUCACCGAGCCCUCAUUGGCACCGGCGAACACAAACAUGGGUCAAAGGGCGGAGGCGAGGACGAGGAAUCGAGACAUCUGGACCAAAAACUGUCGCUGCCCGCGGUCGGCCCGGAAGUGUUGUCGCUCGACAGCACCAAACAAUCCGAGUGCAGCAUCUACGUUGUCGCGGUUCCACCCGAGCCUCGUGGCGUUUAUUGCGCCCACUUCGACGAUCCCCGCAAAGGGACGAGCGUUGCGGCAGAGCUGCCGCACGUCGUCGUGAGGGGAGUGCUCAAAAAGGCCCCCUCCAUGCACGAGCCGCAGGUGGCCUCCAGCGCAGCCGCGGGGGACUGCGUUUGGGAGCGCGGUCUGCAGACGGUGCCAGAGGAGUUCGAGCACAUGGCGGACAGCAUGGACGGGGAUGGCGGUGGCGGCUACGAAGAAGACUAUGCAGCCACCCCCCUUUUUUCCCAGUGCUCGUUCGACCUGAACGACGACUGCGGGCUUUCGUUGUCGUCCGCGAGUGACCUCCGGGGCGGACAUCACGCGUUCGCCGCGGGGUACGACCUCGCAGAAGAGAGCGACCAUGGACACGGGUUCGCGGCGGUGAGCGGAGACGGGGAAGACACACCGAGAGGUUCCGAAUACUCGGUGGAUUCCUUUCACACGGCGUCCUCGAUGGCGGCGGGUGGCGACGGGGCCAGCGAACGAGAGGAGGAGGCGGGGGGGGGAAGCGAUUUUCUGGACGAGAGACUCUCGCCGGCGAUGACGGCCGCCUUCAAGAAAGCUUUCCAUGCCAUGUUCGGGAUGCCGAGAAUCUCGUUUGACGACGGCGCCGAGGAAGUAGACAGCGCGAGAGUCGCCGGCGAUGCGGUCCUCGCGAGUAAACGGGCCAAAGGGACGGACUCCUCAGGCGACGAUAAACGACUGAGGCCCGAAGAGGAAGAGGGCUCUGUUGCCGUUGUUGACACGGAGGGCAGCGCCGAGUUCUUGGACGAAGGGGUAGAUACGCAGACCGUGACCGUCGGUGUAGAAACGCAGCACAUUUACUCAGCAGAGAGUGAAAAACGCAUUUCUUCAGAGCGAGUCGAACUUAAGCGUGAUAAUUCGGUGGAAGUUAUUGAAUAUCCAUACGAUGGGGAAGAUGACCUAGAUACAACAGCCGGAUCAGAUUUUGGAUUUUCCCAUCGCGAAGCAAGGCACCCAUCAGGGAUGGAUCUCCAUGUGGAAUACUGCACUGAUUAUUCUGAGCAAAUCCACACAGAAGCAGCACAAUUUCAUGAUGGCGUCAGUGAAGAGCAUGUUGAUAAAUCAAGCUUCUCACUGGACCUCAGCCUGCUCCAACCUCAGGGUAGUGAAGAUGAGAAUGUAUCAGAUGGAACAGAAGAUGAUGCGACCUCGACAUCUUCAGUGCAAGCUCUUAAUUUGAGCGGCCUCAAAGACGACACUCCCCGCGUUCCCAAGCCCCACGAAGUCGCUGGUGGAGAUCUUGAAUGUAGCCAAAAGCAGAAUUCUGCAGGAGGCGAAAACGUACAUCGUGCAGAUUUCACCGGCGCAGAUGGCCAACGCUAUGUCAGCCGUGAAUCCCGUCGGCAGGAAAACGUGGCAAUGAUCGGCACCGCUGAAGCGCGAGGGGCCCAGCAUUUACCAUCGCCGGUCUCGGUGGACCAGCAGGAAGGAGUCCAGUUCUCACGACAAUUCCCAUGCUCCGAGGACCCCGGCGAUAAAAGUCCCGAUGCGGGUGGGGAAGUUACGCCAGUGGACAACUUGCCGAGCGGCGAAAAUGUUGACGCGCUUCCAAAGAGCCCACCCUUGUCUCCCGAGAAGAGUGAAGAUAGUUUGAUAAUUUGCGAUGACAGUGCCGACGGUGAAACCGCGAGUUGCGGGUGUGAAGCGGUCGCAGGAGAACUCUGUUUUCUGUUUGAGAAUGCCGAGGUACACGUCAGCGAAGGGCAGCAGCAGAGAACGGAAGAGCUUGUCGUUUAUGUGGCCGGGGCAGAUUCAGAUCGUCCACCGUCCAGUGAAGCUCAAUCGCGACCAGACGCAGUGCAGCUGGCAGAGAUCACCGAAGUGGUCAGAAGCUUGGCCGGUGCUGUUGACGAUGCAGAUGGCAGCGGUAGCAGAAACGACACCGCCAUUCCAUCGCAAGGGCCUGCAGGAAUCGAAGGCAAGGAUGACGGUGGUCUCAGAGAGGGGGAAACGUCUGCUCUGGCGUUCAGCGAUGAAGCUCAGGGUGGCCGUGCCCCCGAUGGUGUUGCAGUGCAGGCGGAUGAAGAGUUUAAUGCUGCUUCCGACGGGGGUCCUGGAUCGGCCUUUGUGUUUACAGAUGGCGGGGUCAAGCCUGCGAGUCCACACCUUUCACCGAUGGCAAAACAAGAGCAGUGUCGUACAAUUAACAUUUCUCCAGAGGAAUCAGCCUUGGAGAGAGUGCAGGAGGCCGAUGAUCAAUCCAUCAACACAGCCCGACAGCAGCCAUUGUCAGAUCCCGAAGCAGAGGCUAAUGCUAAUGGGGAGAGGCAGCGAGAGAUGUUGCCCUUCAAAGGAACUCGGGGUGUCUUGAUGGAAUCCAUCAUCACGAGCUCAGAGCGUGCGGAUCAGCAAUGCACCGACGUGAAGCAAGAGCUGGGGGAAGUUCUGCAUGUUCAUCCAAGGGACGAGAAAACAACGUUGGCGCUGAGCGACGGCCCUGCUCGGACACUGGCGGCGGAACGGAGCUCGGACGUGGCGACGAUCUCCACGCAAGCGUCGUUCACGUUCACGCCGGCCACGGCUACACGAUCUUGCGCUGCCGAAGAUCCUGCCGAAGACGCUGUUGGUGAAGAAGAGCACCGAGGCCCCAAGGCCGAACGGCGGCUCGACAUCAUGGCGGACCCGCAGGACGAGGACUUCGCGUCGUCCUCAGGGGAGCUCACGCCCGCCAAGCAAGAGCAGCUGCGCCACCUACUGGAGCAGGCCAUCGGGCACCACCAAGGGAGGGCCAUCGACCGUGAUGAAAGCCCGGCCAGGAAGGAGGAGGAAGAUGACGAAGGAUGCAGCUUCUCCCUUUCCCUCGCACGCCGGACGGGUGGGCGGUUGUCAAGCAACCGCAGUGUGACGAUCGACUCGUCGAUCGACGUCUUAAGCGACGUCGAGAUGGUCCCUGAUUUGGUCAGCGCGCCGGAAGACGUCGCGGCGAAUGCGGGCGGUGGUGAGGGUGCGAAUGCGGGCGCUUCGACAGUCGAAGUUGGGGGCCCCCGCCCUGAAGGGUGUGCGACAGGCAGAGACUCGGACAGCGAGACCACGCGGAGCUCAGCGGCGAGCCGAAGCGGUGGCCUCCUUUCCGCAGAAAGCAGCGAGAACGAUGGAGGGGUGCGGGGGCCGUUGGUGGGAUGCCACCGUCUUCUGGACGAUGAUGCUGGCGGCAUGGCCUCGCCCGUCAAGCAGGCGAGGUGGCACCGCGCCUCCGAGUCGACGUCGUCCAGCGAGGAGGCCAGGGAGGAGCCGCAAGUCCACAGGAGAAGGCCGUUCUCCGGGCCUCACCACAGGCCCUCCCACGCGGAGUCGUCGCCGGUGGCACGGCCGCGCGCAGACGCAGUGCUCGCGGGCAACGCGGGCCGGGCCGGCGGCGACCGUGAAAUCGCCGCGCCCAUCGCUGCGGCUCACGCGCCAUAUGACACUGCGAUGGAGCAUCCGAGAUUCGGCAAGAGGCAUCGGGACGAGUCAAAGCCGCCUUUGGUGCUGAAACAGCGACCGAGGUCAGCCGACGCAAAGGGCAAAGGGAAAUUCUUUAUCAAGAGCUCCAGACCGAGAUCUGCCGAGGCAUCCAGGUGCUGCGUUCUACCCGACGGACACGAUGAACGAGCACUGGACAUCGGGCAUCCUCUCGACUACCUUCUGUCGGCGUAUCCCCAGGUGUCCGAGGGCUCACCCGCGGGCAGCGAACACUCGAAACGGAGGUCGUACUUGUUUUCAGAGAGUGGGGACGAGAUGAUCGUGACGCCAGUGUUUGAGCCGAGACUCCACUCGGUGGUGUCCAGCGCCUCGGAAGAAGAAGCAGACGGCAGGACAGAGGCUUUCUGCCAACAGGCGCAACCAAAGUUCGACACAGGGCCAAGGUCUUGUCAAACAAAUGCUACGGCAGAUAUGAGUCUGACAAGCGAAUCCUGCCUCGAGGAGAUGAGCCCAGUACUUCCCAACCAAGAGUCACAGGGAGAGAACGGAAAUCAGCAGCAGCAGCUUGUUGAAGGUAGUGCCACGCAGAGUCAGACAGCAGGAGAUGGUCACAUGACACAGAGUCAGGCGACUAUACCAGUGAAAGAGCAAUCGCCUGCGGAAGCAACCGGCGGCGCUAACGGCCAAACGGCUGUGGGCGGCGCGGCUUCGAGCGGCGGCGUUGAUGAUGCCCAGCGCUCUGCAGGCGACGAUCUCGGCGAGGAAUGCGGCCAGCAAGCCGUAACCUUCGUGCCGAGCGACGUCAACCCGUUCGGCCAGCGGUGGCAGAAGGAGCAGCACGGAAGGCGCAGCGCCGGUCGCAGGCGCGCGUUGUUCGGCAGCUCCUCGGAGGUCACCGCGGCAGGCUGGGACCUCGGUGAGGGAGCCGUGCAACGCUACCGCAGUUCCAGUGUGGACAACGACCUUAACGGCGCAGGCCUGCCCUUUGAUUCCCACCUGAGCUCGUACGCCAUGAACCGGGGUGAGCCGUCGAGCAGUUCGGCGGGCAGCACGAGCUCCGGCUCAGGGGAGGUUUCCCGGGAACUGCUGAAAACCUUCGGGAGCGGUGACGAGGGGAGCUCGUAUGGCGCCUCUUCGCGGCUUUGCAGCCACGACGAGUUGCCCGACGAUCGUGGCCGCCGCAAGCACAAGUCUCGCUACGGGUUCUACGACCUCACCGCACCAUCACGGCAUGGCGUGUUGUCGACCGACGUGGUGACGCCGGCAGCGGACGCCGAGACCUCGGACUUCGUCGUCACGGUGGAGAGGUGCACGCAGACGAGGAUCGCCGGUGCUGGCGUCACCGACGUCGGACCAGGAGGAGGUCGGGAGAGCGGGCCGUCACCUGCCGAACUCCUGGGCCGCCAUCAGUGGAGAAGCCUUCACAAUUUAUCUCUCCACCUGUCACAGCUUCUGAUCAACACCACUCAACUUCUGGGCAACAUUGGCCUUCAGUCACCCCUGUUCAGCCCGUCCGAGUUAGUGGUGAAUUCUGCUGACGCCUCGUCUCUCCGUCGCCCACCCAGAGCGAGCGACGUUGGUGCGACAACUCACGAGGAUGUCAGUACACAGACGGACAAGUGCACUUCGCUUGGCAGUCAUGGAGACAGUGGUGGUGGUGGUGGUAGCGGCAGCAGCAGCAUGUAUGUGGGGGACCGACAGCUGAUGCUCGCCGAGACGUCUCAGAACCAAACCUUCAGUGUCGUCAUCAAGGUGACGGGAUCGGACGCGGCAGCAGAGCCCCGUGACCCCACGACCUUCAGCGUGCGAGGCCGGGACUGGGUGAGCCGCCCACGAACGCCCGCGAGGGGAGAGGCGGAAAACGUGCAGGCGCCCGACCCCCGCGCGUGGACGCAUGCGGACGCCAUCGCAACCAAAGUCCUCGUCGACCGCGCCACGUCGCCCAUCUUGGUGGUCAGCACAAACCAGCGGGGCUGCCCGGUUUCUCGAGAGCGGCAGGGACCAGGGAACCCCGGGGAGACCGACGGCUCCGCGGCCGCGCCCGCAGCGGAUCCACGCCGGCAGCGGAGGCAGAGCGAGCCCGACGUGUCGCUGACCGAGCGUGUUUCGUCAGGCCGAAAGCCGAGGCAGUCUUUAUCGCGCAGUAAAUCUGCUUCGCCCAACAACGAGACAGAAUGGGAUGCCUUGAGCCAAGACGUCGACGGCAGGCCUGCCCGUGGCACGGGCCACGUUUGUCAGCCGGACGCAUUUGGUCUGGAGCAGGAGGAGUCGCAGGUGACGAGGACGGAAAUCGGAGCAGAAGACGGCGGCUUCGAAGCGCGGCUUGAAUUUCCUGCAGCGGGUGACGGACGCUCUUCGGCUGCUGCUGCCGUCGACGGAGGGCCGGGUCGAACGCGUCGUCACAGCGGGGCACCACCGCUCGCCGUCCCACCGCGGCCGCCAGACGAGGAGGCGGAGAGGAUGGCUGAAAGCGUUCUUUCCACGGGGUCUUGCGACACCGACGAGCUCCUCAACGCUCGGCCAAUCGGCGCCUCUCCACCGCAGGAGCACGAGGCCACAGACGCCGUGGAAGGGGGCGGCGCGAGCAGAGCCGAAUCAUUCAGCCCGUUACCGUCAGAUCUGCCACAGCACGACAAGUUCCACGGUUGGUCGGGCAUCCAGGCGAGCCUGCUAGCAGGGCCGGCACAGUCGCCGGAUGAUGAUGAUGCGAAUCCCAUGAUUGCGGAAGUGUACCGUGCUGAAAAUGUUGAAGAAGAGGCUCUGGGAAAGCCCGUUCCCCACGAGACUUCGUUGCAUCUCAGCGAGCUUUCGUUGGCAACAAAGGUCACAGUCGGGUCAGCUUUAGGUGCCAACGCUGAUGCGACAAUUCGUGUUGAUUCAGGCGAGCCACGUUGGGUGAUCUGGACACCAGUUCCUCGGCACUCUGGCGGCGAAGACAAGCGUGCGCAGUCGAAUUUUAAACUGGAAGGUGAUUCUGCAAACCCUGUCAUUUUAACUUGUCACAAACAAGAGACACGCUCCUCCGAUUCACCAAGUCCCAUUCAGAGGGUGCCUCUGUCAGCCGGUGAAGAACCACGGCUCGUGAACACAGAGCUCACGUGGUCGAGAACUGGCAGUGACGACGCAGGAUCAAGUCCAGGAUUCGAAAUCUCACAGCCCCCGUCCUACAAAUCUACCGACAAAUCCGUCCAGAAGUUAAACGUGCCCGACGACAAUCCGUCCAGUCAGCCAACCGCAGGGAACAUUGACGCUGUGCUUGAACGCGAUGCGACACACCAGACGACAUUGAGCACCGACCAACGCAACCACCAUCAGCAGCAGCAGCACCACCAAGACAACCAAUCGGCAACAGCGGAGAGGACGGAAGGCAGGGCCAAAGGGCUGGCGACACGGGGGGCGGACGUGGCCUGCGGGAAGCCGGCGGGCGGCGACGGGGGUGACGAUGAGAUGGUGGCGCGAGCCAUGGAGCUGGAGGAACUGAGGCGCGAGCGGAAGAUGGUGCUGGCCACGCUGCUCUCGGCGGGGGGCGGCAGCCGUCGGCCGCUCAGCGUCGAGCUGGCCGAGGCGAAACUCAACUACGGCCUGGGCGAGACGGACGCCAUGCUGCGCGCGCUGGACGACGGUUCCCCCUCCGAGCGGGCGACGCGGCCCCCAACGGCGUCGGAGGAGCUCCUGCGCAGGCAUGCGAGCGUCAUCGAGGGGCUGCGCUGGGAGCGUGAGGAGCGCCUCCGCCGUUUCCGCCGCUCGCGGAGCCUGAGCCCCCGCAAGCCGAGCCCGCCGCUGGCGCUGCCUCGGCCCGUCACGGCGGAGACCCCGUCCGGCGGUCGCGGCUCUGACGCCGAUCGCGCCCAACGCUGGAGCCCGCCCACGAGGAUGCCGUCGCCGAUCCCCGGGUUGGGCGGCGCAAGCGGUGGCGGCACCGGCGACGACGAGAUGGUGCCACGCCUUGAAGCCGAUGCCUACAGCUCAGCCUGCGGCGUGGCCGGCGGGCGAGGCUGGCGCCGAUCGUCGCGUGGCACGGCCGAGGUGGAGCAGCUGCUGCGGGGCUACCAGCGCGCGCGCGACGAGGCCUGUGCCCAGAUCGAGCGCGCACGCCACCGCCUCCGCGAACGCGCCCUGCAGGAACGCCGCCGGCUGCUGAGCCACCACCGCGCCUCCACGCCCUCCGCCACGGAUCACCACCGCGCGGCGCUCGCCGGCGGCGCCGACGUCAGCGCCAGCACCGCCAGCCUGUGCACCAGCUGCAGCCGCAGCCUCGCCUCGCUGCCCACGUCCGGCUACAGCAGCCGCAGUCCCCCACUGCAGCACCGUGGCCUCGGCGUGGCGAGUUCCCCAUCGCCAUGGCGACGGAGCUACGAGCGGCUGGCGCUGCCGACAUCGCCGCCGCCGCCCACGGACGUUGCCGAAUACCAAGCGAUCGCUCGCGGCGUCCUGAGCACCACCAGGGCGGAGGUUCUGGCGGCUUCAGCCGGAGAUGUGGACUGCCUCUUGGAGGGAGUCGCCUCUGCAGGAUGGCAGCGGGCGAGCGUGGAGUCGGGCGUCCUCGUGUUCGUGAAGCCACUGGCCUCGGCGACGCGUUGGGGCUUCCUGGUGGCCGCCGUGGUGCCACGGCCGGCCGACGCCGUGUGGGAGGUGGUGCGCGACCCGGGACGGCGCAGUUUGUACGACGGGGGAGCGACGCGCGUCACGGUCUGCCGGGACCUGGGUGACGGUUCCCAGCUCGUUCACGUUGUUCACGAUUCAUCCGCCUGCUACUUGAAGCAGCCGCGUGAUUUCUGUUGCCUGGCAGCUGAUUUCAAAGAGGAGAGCGGCUACGCGAAGGUGGCGCAGUCCGUGUACAACGAGGCGUUCCCCCUCCCGGCGCGUGAGAUGGUACGGGCUGAGCUGCUUCCCAGUGCGUGCUUCGUUCAGCCGUGCAGCAGGCAGGGCCAGGAGCUCACGAGGAUCAUCACCCUCACACAGGUGGACUUGGGCGCCCCUGCUCUCCCGGCUCACGUCAUCAGCCUGGCAGCCAAAGAGCAAGCGGCGUGCAUCAGCCGCCUGGCCAGGCUGCUCGGCUGUUAGUCCUGGGGUGGCACCAGCACCUUGUGGAAUACAUACCAAGAUGCACAAAGACAAAGAUCUCCCAUAUAGCCUUGACAAACUUUUGGGGCAUGUGCUGUUAGCGUGUCGCUCCUAUGAAGGCUGACAUGGCACACGAGGGGGUGGGUGGCCAGCAUCACGCCCGGCUUGCCUUCGUCUCCCGAGUGGCGAUGUUUACACACCGCACCAGGUACUCAUUUGAGGCUGAGUCGACCUAGGGGAGGCCCAGGACCGGUUCAGAUAAUCGUCACCGGUCUUGGCUGUCGCUGGGUUUGUAGCGCACUCACCACUACACUUCCGCUCGCCACACCAAGAUUCACGUACAUAUACACACCCACUCACAAAGACUUAUGCACGCACUCUUGCACAAGAGUGAGGAUCUCCCUUUGAGACUGUCAGGACAGUCAUCACGUGACAGUGUGGCCAGUACUGUUCACAAUUGACCGCCUUUGUCUUCCCUGUGCUCGUGAUGAUGAUACACCACUGCAGGUCGCCACUUUAGGCCGAGUCAAACCAGUGGAGAUGGCGGCUGCUUUCAGACACACAUUGGGGGCCGUCCAUAAAUGACGUCACGCACCUGGGGGGGGGUCAGACAUUUGUGAUGAUGUGUGACGAGGGCGGGGGGUUGAGAAAUGUGACGUCACAUCAAAAAUGCGUAACUUUAAAUAAAUAUAGACAACACGUUCUACUUAAUUAAAUAGACUUUUUAAUAAAUGUUUUCUCCUACAACAUCAGAGUGCAGCGCCACAUUAAAUACACACUACAAUGACAAUAGUUUAAAGCGAUUUGAAGCAUGUUUUUUUUGGGGGGGGGCAGAGCUUUGUGACGUCAUAUUUGAGGGGGGCUGACUUUUUGUGACGCCGUGUGACGAUUGGGGUAAAAAAUUAUCCCAAAAUCGCGUGACGUCAUUUAUGGACGGCCCCUUGCCGCACGCGCGCACAUACGCACGCCCGUGCACACGCACGCGCACACGCACGUGAAUUACAUUCCAGCUUUAGUUUUCACCGCUCCGUCAGAGGACCACACGCUGCCGCUACGUCGCAGUUGGUCCCGAAUUGCGAACACCCGCGAAGGUGACUUAAAGAGUUAGAGCUCAGGGGAUUUAUGGGUAAGGACGCAGGGAGACGCGCAAAGGCGUUCGCUCUGCCGCCGUUUGCGCUGCCUUGAACCCUACUCGGGUUGCGUGCCGUUUUCAAAACACUCCUAGAGGUGUCAUGCCUGCAGUGCUCAAACGUCCACGCGUAUAAAUGUUUACCAACCAUCACUGUCAUUCCUCUUUGCUUCCAGCAGUCGAUAAGUUAUUCUUAUCAUAUCCCAUCAGCCUGUCAUCCCUCCGGUGCCGAUAACACGAGAGCCGCGAUGUGAGAAGUCACCGGUGCUUGUCUUAAGGGGAUGCUGGGCCCCCCUGCUAUGUGAAUGUGGAAUUUCCACCAUUGGCUCAGGGCCGCAGACAAAUACGAGUGCCAGCCCCGUUGCUCGUUUCAGCCGGGAGACUUUUUGAGAUCAUCAUCAUCAACUCCCAGACCAAGACGUCAUCAUUGGCUAAGCCGUUGGUAAGCCACCACACAUUACCAUUGCUUUCAAAUCCUUGGCCAGAUUCCCGCAGCUGCUGAUGCUGCUGCACAGUAGUCAUACAACCUCGGAGACCUGCCCAUAUAGUCUCCCACCAUCUGCUGUUAGGUCUUCCCCCCUUAGUCACUGGACUCGUGGAGACGACCACUCCAAUGCCUGGCUCAGUAACCGACCCUACUCCGUCCUUCAUCUGUCAGAAGUGGCGUGAAAUUAAAGCACAACUGCAUGCCGAGUGGCCCCAAUAGGUGAGCACAGCGUCUGAUCUGCCAAACGGCUGAAUAAACUGUUAAUGUCUCAUCCGCUUGAGACCUGUAGCUUAACACUCUUCGACAUACCUGAAGAACGGCAAUUUUUCAGUGACCUUUUGAAAAAAAACUACCUCUAUUAAAGGGACAUUUGGGAGGUCAAAAAGUCCCUAUAGCGACUUUAAAAUAAAGCCACGCAGAUACUGAAGCUCGGCGUUGUUUUUUAUACGCUCGCAUUGUGGAUUUUACUUGUGUGCGUUAUGACAACUGUAAUAGGUGUAAUCCAGUUAUGACCAGGCUGGAGCCGAUUGAUGCCACAAGUUGUAUUUUCAACACAGGGCCCGGGUUAAAAUAAAAUGACCAUGAGACAUUGAAUCACUUAACAAAGAAUAAAAUGUAAACAUUUAAAUUCACUAUUUAUAUUAUUUCAUGGACACGUUUGGACGUCCCUCUCCUAUUGAACCAGAUUUUAACAUGAUCCGUUCCAACUUUUGGCAGGCAUGACACCUCUAGUUUUAUUGUGAGCUGAAGUGGCCCAGUUUAUUGCACUGGGUUUUCUAUCUUCUAGCUUUGUCUCUCUGCAACUACUGACUGCGGGGAGCUCUCUCCAUCCUCGUUUCUGUCCACAAAUACCUACGCUUUCGUUUUUAUAUUUAAUGAUGAUUAUUUACAUUUUGGCAGAUUGCACCUGCUGUGAUUUUGUGUACGGUGUAAAGCACUUAUUGUUUUUUUUUUACGAAUUAACUUUACGGGGUUUUUAUUUUUUUAAAGCAGCUGGCAUUGUUUUGCAUUCAAACCUUUUUUGUGAAAGACAAUCUACUGUAGUUGCGUUACCGACAUUUAGUGGGCGAUUUAAUGAACAACACAAGUUGCACAACUCACUUCAAACUUUGCCCGCUAAACCCAGAAAAACUUGUCAAAAGAUUCAUUGGAUGAAUGCUGACUGCUGAGCCUUUGUCAGUGGUUCAUUUAAGUGGACAUGCUGGGACGUGUCACCAUGGCAUAUGAGCUUCCAUGGGGAGGGGGGAAGGAUCCAUUUGAUUAAGAGGUUACAUUGGAGGAAACCACUCGUGGAUAAGGGUAGAUGGAGUUCACGAAAGUAGUCAUUCCAUGGGUUCAUAUUUGAUUAUUACCAAAUUUCUGUCACAAGACCUUCCACCACCUGACACAGCCAAACGAAUGAAAUUGUCACGUGGUGUACGAACGUUUAGCACUCCACUUAUAUAAUUGUUUCAGGUCACUGGUGAGUUGAAUAGAAAUCCUCACAAUGCAAAUGUUGUGAUUAAAUACAACGUUUCAUUUGAAACUAUGCCAAGUAUUUUCAGGGCAAAAUGCAGGACGUCAGAAUAAAAUCCAGGAAGUCAUGAGAAUUUUAUGGACGGGCAUGAGUGCAUCCCCGAUUAUCACGGUUGGCUACGUAUGGUGCGAAAGAAGUUCAACAAAUACACACAGUGGGGAGGUGCUUUGUUAUAUGUGCCUCAAAUGAAGACCAGAGGUACUAUCUUACGUACGUGUGGAUAAAUGCAUGCAACCUUGCUCAUAGAUUGAAUCCAUAAGUUGAAAAUUAGAAUAAUUUUAAAUACGUAAAUGUUAUGUUAUUUUUAUGUACCCUCAGGCGAUAUUUUGCUAAGCAUUCCAAGAUAUGUUUUUAUUGUUACAAUUUAUACAAUUGAAAAAAAACCCAGCACCAGCAAUGUAAAGAUACAGCAUGAAUUGGUCAAGGUCUUUUCCAGAUAGUGAGGAGACAGUUUGCAUUUGCAAUGCAAUAAAUGUAGAGUUCCUGCUACCUGUGUUAACCAACGAAUUUUGUUUUUAUUACAAAUGCGGUGCGUUUGAAGUUUUUAGCAGUAUGUAGCAAUUGUGUGUUUAUCUAUCGUAGUAAUAUGACCAAAAAUAUUUUCAUUUACUGUAUAAACAUGCACACUCACAUCCAUGGGUGUCAAUAUCAUUGACGCAGAAUGUUUCGAGGAUUUGUGUUAAGCUUGGCUAUUUUUAAAGCAAUCGUAGCAUUUUU